UCAGGGACAGGCGGGGGGGAUCUCGGAGAUAGUUUCCCCCCCCCAGGAAUGCGGGGUCCCGGCUGCUGGGAGCGAGACUGAAGAAAACUCCGCCGGUUCCCCCCCAAGCAGGGAGGAUGAAGCCGCUCCCCCGGUGCUGCCGGCUCCAGGUCCUCGGGGCCGCCCUGGCUGUGUGCAUGACCAUUGGCUUCACCCUCCAGCUGCUGGGGGCCCCUUUCCAAUGGAGGGGCUCCCCAGACUGGCUGCCCCUCCUGCGGUCACUCCCCGGGGGUGGGGCUGAGGAGGGGGCCCCCUCCAGCCCUUUGUCCCCCCGGCCCUGCCAGCCCCGGCGCCACAUCGUCUUCCUGAAGACGCACAAGACGGGCAGCAGCACCAUCGUGAACCUGCUGCACCGGUUCGGGGAGACACGGGGCCUGCGCUUCGCCCUGCCCCCCCGCUACCAGUUUGGGUACCCCUACCCCUUCCAGGCCCGGCGGGUGAAGGGCUACAGGCCGGGGGGGCCCAGCUUCGAUAUCCUCUGCCACCACAUGCGCUUCGACCUGCCCGAGGUGCAGAAAGUGAUGCCCCCCGACAGCUUCUACUUCUCCAUUGUGCGGGACCCGGGGUCGCUGGCCGAAUCCGCCUUCUCCUACUACCGGGGGGUGGCGCCGGCUUUCCGCCGGGUGAGCUCGCUGGCCCAGUUUCUGGCGGCGCCCGAGCGCUUCUACGACCCGGCCGAGCGGGGCAACCACUACGCCCGCAACCUGCUGUGGUUCGACUUCGGGCUGGCGCCGCCGGCCACGCCGGGCCCCGAGGCUAUGCGGGCGGUACUGGCCUGGCUGGACCGGACCUUCCCGCUGGUGCUGCUGAUGGAGCACUUUGACGAGUCGCUGGUGCUGCUGCGGGAGGCGCUGUGCUGGGCGGAGGAGGACGUGGACGCCUUCCGGCACAACGGGCGCAACCCCCGGGCCGUGCGGCCGCUGGACCCCGCCCAGGCCGCCCGGCUGCGGGCCUGGAACACCCUGGACUGGCAGCUCUACACCCACUUCAACCGCAGCUUCUGGCGCCGCGUGGAGGCCUUCGGGCCGGCCCGGCUGCGGGCCGAGGUGGCCCGGCUGCGGGAGCGGCGCCGGGCGCUGGCCGAGCACUGCCUGCAGGGCGGGGGCCCCAUGGAGGCGGCCGGCAUCCCAGACAAGCAGAUCCGCCCCUUCCAGUUCGGCCAGGCGCAGAUCCUGGGCUACGCGCUGCGGCCGGGGCUGGGGCCCGCCGACCAGGAGCUCUGCACCCGCAUGGUCACCCCCGAGCUGCAGUACAAGGACAGGCUGGACGCCCGACAGUUUGGGGCCAACGACUCUGAGGGCGCGGCCGGGAGGGGGGGCAGGUAGCCGGGGGCUGCCUCUCCCCACCCCCCGCCCACGGUACGGACCCCCGGGACCAGAGAGAUGGGGGGUGGGGGGAUGUGGUACAUACCCUCAUGGGGACCCCACAGAUCUGACCCCCCCCGGCACAGACACGGGUAGAUAGGGGGCACAGCCCCCCGGCACAGACAUGGGGAGCAAUGGGGCACAAAACUGUUGUAUAAACUAGGCACGGUACUAAGAAACUUCAACAGGACUUAAUUUUUAUGGUGGAAACCUCUUUACCUAGCUGCUGCUGCUGCACCCUCUGUAACUCUCCCAGCCUCCUCAACUCCUCCCCCUCCUUCCUGUUUCCUGUCCUUUCCGACUCCCAACAGCCGGUGCUCCCAGUUCUCAUCACUACAGCAGCAUCUAAACACCACAUUCCCUCCUCUCUUAAGAAAUUCUCCCACUUAAAAUAAACGUUGUUCUGACCCCCGGCUCCGCACCUUCCCCACCCCCAUUCCAACCCCUUCCCCAAAGUCCCUGCCCCAACUCCACACCCUCCUCUGACACCCCACAUUCCCCCUCCUCCCUCCCGCUCUGAUCUUGGUUGGGGGUUGCUAAGUGCUUCCCUGCUCCCCCCUCGCCCUGCAGCCUCUGUGCCCCCUGCCCCCGCAGCCUCUAUGUCCCUGCCUGCCCUGCUCUCCUCGCCCUGCAGCCUCUGUGCCCCCCCGCCUGCCCCGCUCCCCCAGCAGCCUCUGCCUGGCGGGGGCUUCAGACGCUCAGCAGCGACUGGGGCAGCGCGGGUCCCUGCAGCCCCGGCACACGCCACACUCCCUGCCCCGCGCCACAGCCUCCUUCCUGCCGCGUGGGGUGACGGGGCCGCAGGAAGGGUCCCCCAGUGGCCGGGGAGUCUCCGCCCGUGCGGGAAGCCCGAGCUGCUGGCUGGGCCCGGCCUCCCCAUGGUCCUGCGGGCUCGGCUGGGGCGCGCGGUCCGCCAGGCCUCCGGGGGCAGCAGACGCCCCUCCGCCACCUUCUGCGGCUGCGCCCCCCCUUCCCCCGCCCGAGCUCGCUACAAUGUAGCCGGGCGGCUGCGCUGCGGACCCGGCAGGUCGUGCUGGGGCCAGGCGGACCCUGGCUUAUGCUGCCUCCCUAUUUCCCCAGACAUGUCCGGCUUUUUGGCAGUUCCCCCCGGACGGGGAUUUGAGUACUAAAAAGCCGGACAUGUCCGGGGAAAACUGGACGUAUGGUAACCCUACACUGUAGAUACCACAUAACAUAGUCUCUAGUCCAGGCAGGUGGUCAUCUGGGUCUGACAGGCCGUCUCUCAAGCCCCGGUUCCAGUGCAAUGUCUUGUUGUGUUGGUUCGACGGUGAAGUCAUCCAAUGCAGACUGGGUGUUGGCCUAAUCUCCUCUUGGUGCAUGGGCAGGUGCAAGAUAAGAAGCAUUCCAUACCCGCCCAUCAGAAAGUCGAUAGGUGUAAGGUCCCUUCUUCUUUUAUGAUUUUAAGAGGAGCUGUGAAUGUAUGGUCCCCUUUGCGUAAGAUUCCAGGUUUUCAUAUUCUAACGAAGGAACCACACUCAAACUUUGGUUCCUUAGCACCCCGCCGUUUGUCUGUGAAAGCCUUAGACUUUGCUUGGUUCUGCUCAACUGUUUUUCUCAAUGAGUUGGUCUCUAAUCAUCUCAUCUGCCAUAUUCCCAAAGUCACAAGUUACAAUUGGAUUCCACAGGGAAGCAAAAUACUGCAUUCUAGUCUCCCCUGGUUUCUGCUCACGCUGUCGAAAUCUGUAGCGAUUUGCGACUACAUUCACUUUUGGCACAAAAAAAUUCUUUAAUGCAGUGAGUGCGGACUCAUAUUUAUCAUCUGCAAGGGGAAAAGUGUAAAAUAUACACUGCCCUUCUGCUCCAAGGCAGUGGAUUAGCAGAGCACGCUUUCUUACUUCAGAAAUCUCUGUAGCACUGAUUGCAAGCAGAUAAGUCUCAAACAUAUGGAUCCAGGCAGUAAAAGCAAUUGGCGGCUCACCUGGGCUUUGCAGAAAAGGUGCAGGUGGGUUCAGAGGCAGAAGAGCGAUCCUCGUCGCCAAAAUGUUGUAUCACCCAGGCAAGGUACUAACAAACUUCAACAGGACUUUAUUUUUAUGGUGGAAACCUCUUUACCCAGCUGCUGCUGCUGCACCCUCUGUAACUCUCCCAGCCUCCUCAACUCCUCCCCCUCCUUCCUGUUUCCUGUCCUUUCCGACUCCCAACAGCUGGUGCUCCCAGUUCUCAUCAUUACAGCAGCAUCUAAACACCACAAACCCCCCUGGGAUCCCCCCAGAUCCUGGCUCCUGGGAUGGACAGACGGGGCUGGGACAAUGGGUAAACCCUGCACACUUCCAGCUGUGUGGGGCGGCGGCCGCAGCCCCCCUUGCUCCAGCCCCGAUGUCUCCGGGCUCCACCUGGACAAUAUUUAUUGGUCGGUUAUCACAGGCCUGUAGCUGGGCAGCGGGUGCCUGGUGAGGGGGGGGAUACUCGGUACCUCUCUCCCGCCCCCCCCCCGACACAGCAGGGUCGUUACAUUCCCGGCUCAAUGGGUCCCACUUUCGUCGGUUUGUUUCCUUUUUAUAAAAUAAUUAAAUCAGGAAA